AUGAACCAAAAAGAAAAAUUGUUGAAACAGUUAAUUGUCAAAACGAACCAAAAAUCCCGAGGUUUUAAAUUGCUUAUUGGCGGAAUAGGGCUUGGAGUUUUAAACUUCAUUUUAGACGGUCUAUACAAUGCUUUAAGGUUGUUAUCUUAUCGUGGUGAUUUGGGAGAAACAGGAAAAAAAAUUAUUAGUUUCUUUCAAGACACCCUCCACCGGACACCAGAAGCGGGGGUAGCCCAACUGGUAGAGGCGCCAGACUUAGGAUCUGUAGAGCAUCUUCUUUUGCCAACCGUUAAUCCAAAAGAAAUUGCCGAAAAAUUGACUUAUUACGGCCUAGAAACAAAAAUAAUUCAAAAGGAAAAUGAUGUAUAUUUUGAAAUUGACGUUCUCCCUAGUCGCUCCGAUUUGCUUUCUUGGCAAGGUCUAAUUCAAGAAAUAGGAAUUUUAUUAAAUUGUCAAGUAAAACCGGCUAAUUUUCCCAUUGCAAAUGAGGGGCAAAAAAAAACGUAUCAGGAAACCAAAAAAAAAUCUUUAAUAAUCGCUAUCAGCCAGGGAUUUAUUACCCAAAAAAAAGAAGGAGAUAUUUAUCAGGUUCAAAUACCUUUGUCGCGGUCAGAUAUCGCCAAUUCCGAAGAUUUGUUGGAGGAAUUAUUACGGAUUUAUGAUUACAACAAAUUAAUUGGCUCGUUGCCUUUUGGCUCCCCCACUGCCGCUUCUAAUAGUAAAAACGAACAAGCCGAAAAACAAAAAAGAAUCCUCCGUGCUUAUUUAACUAAUCACGGCUGGCAAGAAAUUAUUACUUAUUCGUUGGUUUCGGCCGCUAUGAAAAACGAUUUUCUUUUCCAAUCCAGCAGUGAAUUUUACCAACUAUUAAAGCCAAAAAAUGAGUAUCAUGAAUUUUAUCGCCAAACGCUCAUUGCCAGUCAUUUAAAAACGCUAAAAUAUAAUCUCGUCCGUGGAAACAAAGAUCUUUUUUUCUUUGAAAUUAGUGUGGUUGCAGGUCCUUUUUACCAGGAAGAAUUGCUGGUUUUGAGCGGAGUAGGAAAAUUUUUUAACCAGUCGCUUCACAAAUCAGUCCGGACAAUUGAUUUUUACUGGCUAAAAGGAGUAUUAGAAAACAUUUUUGAAUUAUGGCAAAUUGGUGCAGAAUUUUCUUUUAACCCUAUUAUCUCCUCUGACCACUUAUAUUCACCCCAGAGUGCAGAAAUAUUUCUCGGCUCCAAGAGAGUAGGAUUUUUGGGUCAUAUUCACCCCCAAAUCUCCCAAAAAUAUCAAAUUAGCGAGGAUGUUUUUGUCGCUCAAAUUUCCCUCUCCCAAAUAUUUGAUUAUCUGUCCGAUUUCCCUCCUCAAAUAUUCUAUCAACCGGUAGCUAAUUUCCCAGCCAGCCGCAAAGAUUUAUCUUUUAUUUUCCCAGCCAGAAUUGAUUAUAAUGAGGUAAUUAAAGAAAUGAAAAAGACGGUCGGUCCAAAUUUGCAGGAGGUGAAUGUUUUUGAUGUCUAUCAAAAUGCUGAAUUAAGAAAUAACAAAAAAAAAUCAGUUAGUUUUCAUCUGGUUUUUCAAAGCACCAGCCAAACCUUACAAAACAAAGAAAUAGAGAAAAUAUUGCGAGAUAUUACUGAAAAAGUAGCAAAAAUAUUUAAUGCUAAAAUAAGGGAUUAA